AUGGUGGAGGAUCCUGAGGAUAUAAGACUAGCCUUCAUGAAAAGAUAUGAAGAACACCGUCGGAUUGUGUAUGCUCGUGACCAGAAGUACCCGAAACUCAAGAAAUGUGCACUGGUUCCGUACGACAACAGGUUUGUUUCUCUUGCUGCAGCCAACAGACACAAGGUUAUCUCUGUCAGGAACUUCAAUGAGAUGCGUAUUCUAAAUUUGGGAGUAGAGACUGAGCAGACUGCCGAGAAGAAGUGGGAGGAUCUUUCGACCUCUAGGAUGAGUAAGAUCAUGGCUCUUAUGUACAAGGUAUGCUGUUACAACUGGAUUCCGUCAAUCAACAGAACGUCACUAAACCCGGAUCAUGCAAUUCUAGUCUCCAUGGUGGUCAACAAGACACCAUGCAGCUUUGGUAAACUGGCCUAUGAUCAAAUCAUGGCCUAUGUGAAUCUGCAACCGCCCUACAAACUUGUUAUGCCGAAUCUAAUGUCCAGACAUUUCAACGCAAUGUGCCGACAUAUCCUGGGGAUCACACAUCUGAUGCGCCUGCUGUCUUCUCUGUAUAGGAUUCCUAUAGAUCCGACUGCUCCGUGUUUGUUGUCCGAUCUCAAAGAGGUAUCUGCUCUGAUCAACAGCAUUAUGACUAGGCUGUCUGGUUUUGUAUACUAA